AUGUCCAAAUACAUUGAUAGAGGUAGUGUUGAUAGGGCUAAUAGAGUUGGUAGUAAUGGUAGUGCUGGUAGUGUUGGUAGUGUUGGAGGUGUUGGCAGUGCUGGUGGUGCUUGUAGUGGUAGUUCUGGUAGUGCUGGUAGUGCUGGCAGUGUUGGUAGUAUUGGUAGUGUUGGUGGUACUAGUAGUGUUGGUAGUACUAGUAGUGUUGGUAGUGUUGGUAGUGUUGGUAGUGUUGGUAGUGCUAGUAGCGCUGGUAGUGCUCUACACCAAAAGUACGAUCACAUAAGAUAA